AUGUUAGAGGAUGAGUCAAGAGGAGCAGUGAAGAAAAGUCCGGGUCCCUCGUUGAUUCGAUGUCACACAGCAGAGUGGAUGGCUGAUGAUACCGCUGAAAAACUAAAAGACAGUGCUUUUGGUGACUGCCUAGUCGUUGACGUGAAGAUUGCCGGUGUUAGAACCAAAUGCCUCCUGGAUACGGGAUCAGAGGUAUCUACCAUAUCUGAGUCGCACUUUAAAGAACACUUUGGAGAGCAAAAGCUGAAGCUAUCCUCUGCAUGUUGGGUCAAGCUGACCGUGGCCAAUGGAUUGGACAUUCCUGUCUUGGGAUGCCUGCAGGCGGAUGUAGAAUGUCUUGGAAAAAUACUGCCUGGAAAAUGUAUAUUUGUCCUUAACGACACAAGUUCAGAUGUGAAAGAAAUGAAAGGUGUGUCGGGAAUCAUCGGGAUGAAUGUACUUAAUGAAAUUCAGUCUUUGUUUAUCUCAGCAGAGGGAAUGGAGAAAGUCAACAAGUACUCUCAACAGGAUGAGGCCCAGGUUCGAAGAGUGCUUGCUAGAGUGGAAAAGGAAGUAGGACGCAAUGGAAGGAUUGGAUAUGUUAAGAUUGCUGGAAAACAAGCUGUCACUAUUCCCCCUCGUUGUGAGAAGGUGCUGGAGGGAUGUUGUGGCGUAUCAUCUAGGAUAAUUAGUCAAGUGCUAGUCGAACCAGCAGCUGGAGCAAGUUUGCCAAAAGGGCUUUUAGUGGCACAUGUUCUUGCUAGGACAGAAGAUGGAAAAGUCCCUGUGCGUAUGCUGAGCCUGAGUAAAAAGACUGUUAGACUUGCUCCUCUAUCUAGAGUUGCUUCUGUGUACAGACCAAGGGAGGUGAUCACAAAAGAAGUGCUUGAGUUUCAGGAAGAUGACGGUGUACUUCAUGUCAAAGAGAUGGCCAGAGAAAAUGGACCAGUCAAUGAAACCUCGCUCGCACAGUUACCGGUUCCUGUUGAAGUGAAUUCGGAAGGGCUAACACGGGCUCAAUUCAAAAAGCUAGUGGAGUUGCUAACAAAGCACAGAGACAUUUUCUCUAAGGAUGACCAGGACUAUGGCUAUACUACAGCUGUCUUACACAACAGCCCUACAGGCGAUGCACCACCAAUAAAGCAGCGUCAUCGUCGUAUACCACCACACAUAUUCCAGGAAGUCGAGAGACAUGUCCAAAAUCUGGUGUUACAAGGAAUCCUCACGGAGAGUAGUAGUCCCUGGGCAUCACCGGCAGUCAUUGUCAUGAAGAAGGAUGGAAGUGUACGUUUUUGUUGUGAUUACAGAAAGCUAAACCAAGUGACGUGUAAGGAUGCAUAUCCUCUUCCAAGGGUGGAUGAGUCUCUAGAUGCAUUGGGUAAUGCCAAACUGUUUUCUACUUUAGAUCUGACUGCUGGUUACUUCCAGGUAGCCAUGAGUGAUAAAGACAGAGAGAAGACGGCUGUUACUACCCCAUUCGGCCUCUUCGAGUGGUCUAGGAUGCCAUUUGGGCUUUGUAAUGCCCCAGCCACCUUUCAGCGCCUCAUGGAGGUGGUUUUAGGUGCCCUGACCUUUGAUGUUCUCCUAGUGUACCUGGAUGAUGCUAUUGUCUUCUCUAAAGACUUUGAAAGCCACUGUGAGAGGUUAGAACUUGUCUUUAACCGUUUGAGACAGCAUGGCCUAAAACUAAAGCCAAGCAAGUGCUUUCUCCUGCGAGCUGAAGUUAAGUUUUUGGGGCAUUGAAUUUCUGCCGAAGGAAUAAAAGUGGAUGACGAGAAGGUCAAAGCCCUGCAAAUGUGGCCAAACCCCAAAAGUGUCAGGGAGGUUAGACAAGUACUCGGAUUUAUGAGCUACUACCGAAAAUUCGUCCCAAGGUUCGCUCAGAUUGCUAAGCCUUUACAUGCAUUGGUAGGGGGAGGUAAGAAAAACAAACCUCCAGUAACAGUCAGGAAUGUCAGACGGCAUUAAAUCAGUUGAAAAGGUGCUUGAUGUCACCACCCAUACUUGCGUACCCUGAUUUCACUAUGCCCUUUACACUUACCACGGAUGGAAGUCACCACGGAUUAGGAGGUGUACUGAGUCAAAAACAAGGAGGGACUGAGCGUGUUGUGGCGUACGCAAGCAGAGGUCUGAGGAGGUCUGAGAAGAAUGACAAGAAAUAUAGCUCAUUCAAGCUGGAACUACUUGCGUUAAAAUGGGCAGUCACAGAAAAGUUCAGAGAGUACCUCAUGUAUUCGAAAUUCACUGUCAUUACGGACCAUAACCCGCUGCGCUACCUUGACUCAGCUAACCUCUGAGCUGUUGAACAAUGCUGGGCAGCACAGCUAGCGGAAUACAAUUUUGAAGUAAGCUAUAAACCGGGCCACCUCAACACGAAUGCAGAUGCCCUAUCGAGAAUCGCUUCCAGGGAGGUUCCGGAGAAAGAUGAUGAUGGGAAAGAUUUUAUACAGCUGAGAGCUGAUGAAGUGAGAGCAUGCUUGUGGCCGGCCAAGAAAAUUGACCAAGAAGAAUCGGUUAAAAAAGUGGCAGUUCAAACGGCAAUAAGAGGAGAAAUAAGUGGUUACAGCUGGAGUCAAGUCAAGUCAA